GCCGUAUCGACACUCUUCGCGCCUUCUCAGCCGUCACGCACGCUUUCAAUCAGGAACAAGACACUGACCGACGCUUUCGCGUAACAGCCUUCAUAAUUCGACAAUAUGGGUAUCUCUCGCAGUGGUAACUGGAAGCGCUCCGCCUCUGGCGCUAAGCGCAUUCCCGCCAACAAGAAGCGCGCUUUCGAGAAGGGCCGUCAGGCUGCCAACACCCGUAUCGGUGCCAAGCGUAUCCAUCUCGUGCGCACCCGUGGUGGUAACCGCAAGUUCCGCGCCCUCCGUCUCGACUCAGGCAACUUCUCCUGGGGCUCCGAGGGUGUCUCCCGCAAGACCCGUGUCAUCGGUGUCGCCUACCACCCUUCCAACAACGAGCUCGUCCGUACCAACACCUUGACCAAGUCCGCCGUUGUCCAGAUCGAUGCCGCUCCUUUCCGCCAGUGGUACGAGGCCCACUACGGUGCCUCCCUCGGUCGCCGUCGCCAGGCCAAGGGUGCCGAGUCCGAGGAGGUCAAGAAGUCCAAGUCCGUCGAGAAGAAGCAGGAGCUCCGCACCAAGGCCUCUGGCAAGGUCGAGUCUUCCAUCGAGAAGCAGUUCGAGGCCGGUCGUCUCUUCGCCGUUGUCGCCUCGCGCCCCGGCCAGAGCGGUCGUGUUGACGGCUACAUCCUCGAGGGUGAGGAGCUCGCCUUCUACCAGCGCGCCAUCCGCAAGUAAACCAUGACCCGUCGCUAAAAACGAAGGAUUCUGGGUUACGAGGGGUUUACUCGAUCAUGGCUAUACUACACACAUCAUGGUCGGGCGUCGUUGUUCAUGACUUUUGGCUUUCGCAGAAAAAGACAGCAAAAAGUACUGUUUUAGCUAUGCCAACAAAAUCUUCUCUUGUUCCUCAAAAAAAAAGUUCAAAGCCUUUCGAAUACCCCCUCAUAUA